AGCACCGUUUUAGACUUCGGCUCGGACUAGGCACCCACCCUCUCCGCCUUUCUCCCACCCCCUCCACCCUCCACCCCCUCCUCUCUCUGAUCUCUACACAUCGAGUCACCAUGGGCACGACUACCAAGCGCAUUGUGUUCCCGUGGAACUACCCGGUCAUCGAGAAGACGAUUCGUAUGGACCUGGAACUGACCGGCCAGGCUGCUGUGGACAUUGUGCGUGAAAAGUCGCGCUGCUACAACAUCGACGCACAGACCUGCUUCCUCUACCUGCCCGAGGCAAAGCGCCAGAUUGGCAACGACGAGAUCCUCGGCGACGUCGAGUCACUGCCGUCCGAGGAAUUUCUAGAGUUGAGAGAUCCAAACUCGGGGCCAAAGCCCGGCGAGGGCUCCAAGAAGUCGUGCACUAUCCUCUAAGUCUAUGCAUCCUCUUGCUCUUUCGGCCCACCCCUCUCUGUUUCUCUCUCGCACAUCGUUCUCCCUGGGAGCCUCGCGUUGCUCAGCGCUCGUGCUCUGGACAGCCGCCCGCUCUACACCGCAGCCUCCCUCGCUCUCCACCUUCCACCACCGCCCACCACUCCUGCUGCCUGCCCGCAUCUUUCGCUUGCGUCGCGUGCUCUCUCAUCUCUUCCGCCACUCGCUCGACACCGGACAUGACCGGCGCGUCCUUGCAGCUGCCAGCGUCUCGCAUUUACCGUUGUCUCCCCCCCUCCCCCCCUCUCCCCUCUCGCACACUCGACUUCAUUCUACGGAUCCAGGCCUCGGCACCCGUGACAUGCCCCCCCCC